CAUAGAGCAAGUUAAUUUCACUGUCAUUCAAAGCGAUAGACGCACGGCUAGCGCAUGCUCCUUGCAGUCUUAUUGCAGCCUUGUAGCCUUACAGUCGCAAGGAUACAGCACCGACGGCAUUUUUUUUCUCUUUGCAGAACAAUUGGUAAAGCGUUAGCCAUUCGACGAAUGUGCCGUGCCUGAUGGCUCUUGAAAUCCAGCGCUAUACUCUGUUCGGUUUUUCCAAGGAAGUGGACUGGAGACCUUUGCAUUUCGUCGAUUCCAUACCGGCACAAAGAGUAUGCAGUGCGUGUGGUCUGCUGCCCAGGGUGACCGUCUUUCUACCGUGCAGACACGUGCUGUGCGACACCUGCUACGAGCAGUCGCUGGUCGCCGAUCAACGAGCCUGUCCACUCGACGGGGACGCGUUUCUUGAAGACAACGUUCAGUGGGGAGACUUUCCUUUGGAAAACCUGCUGAGGCGGAAGGUAAAGUGUUGGAAUGAAGACAAUGGCUGCGAGGUGGUGAUGGCUGCGUCAGACAUGCCAACACACUUUUGCGAAGACUGUGCUUACCACUCUGCGCGCUGUCCAAAGUGCUCAGAGUUCGUCCUGCGCUGUAAUAUGUGUGCGCACCGCAGAAGUAACUGCAGCUCUCAUUCUGUGCAGAACAAGCGCGUAAAUCAGAAGCCAUCGGUGGACUCAAUACAGGAAGCAAUGUUCACGGCUUUUGAGACAAUAUUGGAAGAACGGGUUCAGGAAAUGAGGUCUGGGCUUGAUCAAGUUGCGCGGAACAACAACGCCCAUUACGAUAAGUUGAAUGAGGUUUCAACUAUUCUAAAUGCGUUAAGAGAGACGGUGAUACAGUCAUCAGAAAAGCAAACCCGUGCGACUAAUGAAGUCACGAUUGCCUACGUUACCCAAAUUAAAGAAGGCUUAGCCGCGCAAGGCAAAAAGCUUAACGAUGUUUUACAAAUGAUGAGCAAUUUAGGUGAAAAAGUCACAGUUUCGGAAGACACGGCAACGAAAUGUCUCGAGAAGCUGGAACAGACCAAUGUUGACUUAAUACAAUAUUUUAACACCGAUGAAAACCUACUAAAAAAAGUUUCACAAACGGUGCGGGCCUUUGAAGGUAUUUUUGUGAAAGCGUUGGAACGUGCAACUGAGUCGAUCUGCAUUAAGUGCGAAAAUAACGCUGUCCGCAUUGCUGCAUCAAAGACCAGUGAGACUGAACGCGGUCAGAAAGAAUCGGCUGUGAGUAAAGAUCACCUCCUCGGGCACAAUACACUAAAUGUUUCAACCUACGAGUUUUAUGUUAAGGGACUCAAAUCACUGAAAGAAAAGGCGAUAUCUGUAGGUUGGGCCAGUUAUUCUAGCGAUGCGAUAUACCUGUGCGGCUAUUACAUCUCUCCGGGGGUGUGUCUUAUGAAAACUGAGAGCUCUGUGUCAGUGCGUGCGCUUAUACAGCUUCACAAGGGAGUCAUCGAUGAGUUCCUGCAAUGGCCAUUCAAUCAGAUCGUCAAGCUCACUUUCAUAGGUCAGUCGAAGGGCAACCGGGAGUUGCCGGCGCAGACUGGUAGUAGUCUCGAAUUUUAUGGCAGGCCUACAGGAAGGAGUAAUGUAGCAGGAUACACAAACCAUUCCUGUGACAUUGAAGAUCUGGAAUGCGAAGGCUACGCAAAGGGCGACCAGCUCUGGGUAAAGUUUGAGCUUCUGCCUCCGGCUCAAAAAUAAAGCCUCUGCAGGUGCUGUCAGGUUUCCCAUAUAGUAUCAUAGGACUGAGAUCACUACUAUUUAUUAGUCUCGUUUGUUAGGCGGACGUAAUUAGAUGUGUCAAUAUGGAGAACGUGAACAAAUACAGGAGAAAGUAUUCUGAGUGAUAAUUAUUAUUGGUGAUUUGUAGGAGGAUGCCUGUAUGCCUUGGCAUAGUUUCCAUUUUUCUCUUUUUUCUGUAUAGUUCAUGUGUGACCCUUUCCAACGAAUAUGCGUUAAAAAUAAAGUGUGCAAAAGAA